AAGCCUGGAUGAACGGAAGGCAGAGAGAAGAAAGGUGGUGAGAAAUCCCAUCUCUACCACCGCCCCCUCCUGGAGAAGACUCCCUCCCGAAGAGCCCAGCCCUGAGCAGACGCCGGAGCCCCCGAGGUACUCCUUCCAUCUUGGGAACACGCUAGUAAUUCAUUGAUAACAGGAAGUUAUGAGGGACCCUGUGAGUAGCCAGUACAGCUCCUUUCUUUUCUGGAGGAUGCCCAUUCCAGAACUGGAUCUGUCGGAGCUGGAAGACCUGGGUCUGUCAGAUACAUCCACCUACAAGAUCCAAGACAGCAGCGCUGGCAAAAUGACUGGGCAACCGACUGGAGUUGAAAAGGAGAAAAACUCCGAAGGCGAUGCCCUACUUGAAUACAGCACCUUCAACUUCUGGAGGGCGCCCAUUGCCAGCAUCCACUCCUUUGAACUGGACUUGCUUUAAAGCCCAAGCCUUCUCUCUCCCACCACCUUGCCCUCACUGUCUUCUCGUCCAGGCCCCUUCUUUCCCACCCUUUUGUCCUAUGAAUCUUGCUCUCUCCCCUCUAUUGUGUUGAGGUGGUGCUGAUGAAUCUGCCAGA